AUGGCAGCUGGCAGAGUCCAAGCAAUUCAGGAGAUGGCCAAAGAUGGCAAGGUGCUGGUGCACCGACAGAUGGCGCAGGAAGCUCUGAAGCAUUUUCCCCGCGAGUCCGGCUCUGCAGAGGGCGGCACCAAGCUUGGCAGCGAUCCGGCGACAAAGCCGAGCACUACUGUCUCCGCGGAGAAGCUUCGGGGUGAGAUGAGGACGCUGGAAUCUGGAAACGAAGAGCUGAAGGCCAAAGCAGCUGAGAAGCUCGGAACUUGGGCAGCCGUUUCGGAUGAGAACAGAGUCGCCAUCAGCAGAGAAGGUGGAGCUGAGGCAUUGGUGGCUUUACUGGUGACUGGCAGCGAUGAUGCCAAAUGGCAUGCUGCCAGGGCCUUGCGAAAUCUCGCAAACAAUUGUGAGGCCAAGGAGGUCAUCUUGAAGGCCGGUGGGAUUGCCACAUUGGAGCCUGUUGUGAGGCACGGGAAAGGGAAGGUAAAAGAGGCUGCGGAUGAGGCUUUGAAACUUCUGUCUCAAAAGCAGGAAACCAAGUCCAUCCAGGCUACAGGACACGGAAAGAUUGCAGAAGGAGGACCAGGAGACACAAUUCCAACUGGGGAAGGCACUCGGGUGGCCAUGUUUUCUACCAGAUUCGAUGGAGGCCCAAUUGAACAGAAAAUCCGCAAAGUGUUCCAGAUUCUUUGCGCCCGAAAGUAUGAUAUCCUGAUGGUGACUGCAGAUGCUGGCCAAAGCUUCGGGGAUUUGACCACCAAAUACCUGGGGCGGCUGCGCAAAGAAAAUGGCACCAUGAUUGCUGUGUGUACCAAGCACUACGGCGAGAUGACUGCUUCUGCUUAUUCCUCCCACAAGGAGCUGAAGUUUGCUCUGGAUUACGAGAAGUUUGUGACAGUGUUGCCGCUGAGGGUGGAUGACACGUACCCGCCAGAGCCACCAGGUGGGCCUGGUCACGCGUAUGACAAAGAGUACCUUGCUCAAGGAUAUAUUUUGAGUGUCUUCAAGCCGAGCGUUGUGUUCCUGGAAUGCCGGGAAAAAUCGGAAAUAGAAAUCGCCGCACAAAUUGCCACUGUCCUCCAAAGGCACAAAGUGGGCAAGGACGUAUCCUUCAACCAGGGCGCUAUGGCAGCAGCGGGAGUUGAGGCCGUGGAGGACGACAAGGGCGCGGUGAUCGCGGAGAUUCGCAACGGAUCCCGCGCGUGGCCACGGCCGUCGCUGCCGGCCACGGAGCAGUUCAUCCGCUUCUCGCCCUUGAAGACGCUCCCAGCGCGGCUCAGCCUUUCGGGGCUUGGCUUCCAGAGAGUUCUGGCCUGGUCCACCCUGCCACGGAGUACCAUCAGCUUCUUGGAUGGUGGGCGCAUUUGCUUGCCACCGGGACUGAUGGACUUCAACCUCAGCAUCACAUUGCACGACUUCUUCCUGGGUGUUCCGGUGUCGACGUCUUCAGUGGUUGACCGCACGCUCUGGACCGUCUUCGAGCCCUUGGCGGAAGCCAACGAGGCAUCCUGCGCCAAGAGUUGCGAGGAGAACUUGGAUUGUUUGACCUCAUUUCCAGGAUAUCAUGGUUUUGAGGCUUGUAACAACCACAGCCACCACGAAGCAACUGCUGCCGCCAGUGGUAUAGCCUUGGCGGCCGGGAAUCGCACGCUGCGGGGGCAGCUGGCAGGGUGCAGGUUGCUGACCCCCAACGCCUCCAACGGCAUCGAAUCCAGUGGUGCUUCCUGCACGGCACCGACGGUUGGGGCACCCCAAGUGAUGGAUGAUGAGAUCCAAAAUCGUGUGCGAUCGUUCGGAAACCCAGAAGCCAGUGAUCGUGAGAAGAAGGAGGCUGCGCAAAUUUUGGCAAACUUGGCAUGGAAUGACCAGAACAGGGCAGCCAUCGCAGCUGCGGGUGGCAUUCCUCCGCUGGUAGCUCUGAUCACGAGUGGUAGCGAUUCUGCCAAGGGCUAUGCUGCAGGUGCCUUGAGAAACUUGGCAAGGAAUGACCAGAACAAGGCAGCCAUCGCAGCUGCGGGUGGCAUUCCUCCGCUGGUAGCACUGGUCACAAGUGGCAGCGAUUUUGCCAAAGAAAAUGGUGCGCGUGCUUUGCGAAUCUUGGCAGCGAAUGACCAGAACAUGGCAGCCAUCGUAGCUGCUGGUGGCAUUCCUCCCCUGGUAGCACUGGUCACAAGUGGCAGCGAUUCUGCCAAGGAAAAGGCUGCAUACGCUUUGGCACUCUUGACAGUGAAUGACCAGAACAGGGCAGCCAUCGCAGCUGCGGGUGGCAUUCCUCCGCUGGUAACUCUGAUCACAAGUGGUAGCGAUUCUGCCAAGGAAUAUGCUGCACUUGCUUUGGGAAGCUUGGCAACGAAUGACCAGAACAGGGCAGCCAUCAUGGCAGCCGGCGGAGUCCAAGCUUUUCAGGAGAUGGCCAAAGAUGGCAAGAUGCGGGGGCACCGACGGGCGGCGCAGGAAGCUCUGAAGCAUUUUCCCCGCGAGUCCGACUCUGCAGAGGGCGGCACCAAGCUUGGCAGCGAUCCGGCGACAAAGCCGAGCACUAUUGUCUCCGCGGAGAAGCUUCGGAGUGAGAUCAGGACGCUGGAAUCUGGAAACGAAGAGCUGAAGGCCAAAGCAGCCGAGCAGCUCGGAACUGCGGCAGCCGUUUCGGAUGAGAAUAGAGUGGCCAUCAGCAGAGAAGGUGGAGCUGAGGCAUUGGUGGCUUUGCUGGUGACUGGCAGCGAUGAUGCCAAAUGGCAUGCUGCCAGGGCCUUGCGAAAUCUCGCAAACAAUUGUGAGGCCAAGGAGGCCAUCCUGAAGGCCGGUGGGAUUGCCACAUUGGAGCCUGUUGUGAGGCACGGGAAAGGGAAGGUGAAAGAGGCUGCGGAUGAGGCUUUGAGACUUCUGUCUGAAAAGCAGGAAACCAAGUCCAUCCAGGCUACAGGACACGGAAAGAUUGCAGAAGGAGGACCAGGAGACACAAUUCCAACUGGGGAAGGCACCCGGGUGGCCAUGUUUUCUGCCAGAUUCGAUGGAGGCCCAAUUGAACAGAAAACCCGCAAAGUGUUCCAGAUUCUUUGCGCCCGAAAGUAUGAUAUCCUCAUGGUGGCUGCAGAUGCUGGCCAAAGCUUCGGGGAUUUGACCACCAAAUACCUGGGGCGGCUGCACAAAGAAAACGGCACCAUGAUUGCUGUGUGUACCAAGCACUACGGCGAGAUGACUGCUUCUGCUUAUUCCUCCCACAAGGAGCUGAAGUUUGCUCUGGAUUACGAGAAGUUUGUGACAGUCUUGCCGCUGAGGGUGGAUGACACGUACCCGCCAGAGCCACCAGGUGGGCCUGGUCACGCGUAUGACAAAGGGUGCCGUGCUCAAGGAUAUAUUCUGAGUGUCUUCAAGCCGAGCGUUGUGUUCCUGGAAUGCCGGGAAAAAUUGGAAAUAGAAAUUGCCGCACAAAUUGCCAAUGUCCUCCAAAGGCACAAAGUGGGCAAGGACGGCUCAAGUUGA